GAGCCAACACGAUAUAUCUGGUGUAGUCACCAAGCUGGUUCGACUUGGCAUCGACCGAUGAUUGUAUCGAGCUGCUGAGGACCCCAACCAUGGAAAAAAAUCAGAUCCAAAGCCGACACUUCCCCAACACCCCCGUCCCGAUCCGUACUCACCUCUCCUGUGAACGGUCCCAUCCCUCUCUCUCUCUCUCUCUCACUCUCUCUCUGUCUGCCUGAAAGUCAGCUCCUAGCUUUUCCCUCUUUUCACUUCACCAUCUUUUUCGCUUUUUUUUCCUUUUCCUCCUUUCUCUGUCUCACCAAAACCUCUUCCUUCUUCUUCCUCCUCCUCUUUCACUCUCUCUCUGCAGACUGCUGCUCCCAAAGCUCUGCCCCAACUGCCAAAAGUCCCUCUCUUCACUAUCUUCGCAAGUUGGUGUCUGUUGGGAUCACAUCACAGACACACACGCACAUACCCACUGCCCUCUUUAAUCAAUGCCCUUCGUUUCGCACUCACUCUCCACCCCAAAUUUUAUGCCCAGAACGUGAAUCUUCCCUCCACAUUUUUCUCACCGCACCUCUUGGUCCACCGCUCUCCAAGAUUGGCUUGGUUUGAUCGAAUUUUGCUUUCUUGACUGGCAUUGGAGAUUGCGGGCAGAAUUUAGUAAGUUGGCUUCUGGGUUUUGCUGUUUUCAUGAGGACUGAAAUGGGGUCUGGUCGUGUCUGCAAAUCUUGAAAUUCAUUGAGCUACAAUUGAUUUGGUGGGAUUAUGGACAACAAAGCAUGGCUUUGGAGGAAGAAAUCGGCCGAGAAGACCACAGUCUCGAGCAGCGGAGUCAAUUCUCCUUUGGAAGGAUUCGAGGAACAGGUAGGAGCAUUUCAGAAUGGUGGAGCAGAGUUGGAGAAAGGCUUCAAAGAUCUAAAUGGAAAGCUCUCUUCUGCCCUUUCCAACUCCGAUGACAAAGAUGAUCUCGCGAAGAAGCAUGAAAAGAUGGCACAAGACACCCUUGCUGCCAGGGACAUGGCGGAAUCAGAAUUGAUGUCUCUGAGAAAGAAGUCGGAUGAAUGUUUGAAGCAAAGAGCUGCCGAUGAAGAGAGACUGACCCACCUUGAUUUAGCUCUGAGGGAAAGCACGCAGCAUCUGCAAUUUCUCCGAGAAGAACAGGAGCACAGGAUUCACGAUGCUGUUAUUAAGGUAUCAAAGGAGUUCGAGAAAUCCCGUUUUGUCUUGGAAGAGAGGCUGGAAGAGACCACCAAGAGGCUUGCAAAGAUAGUCCUUGAGAAUAACCACCUCAGCAAGUCUCUCCUAUCAAAGGAAAGAUUAAUUGAGGAUUUGAGCAAGCAGAGGUCACAAGUGGAGUCGGAGUUAAGUGCUUUGAUGAAUAAACUUGACUCAAUGGAGAGGGAGAAUGCUUCAUUGAAGUAUGAGGUCAGGGUUCUCGAGAAGGAGCUUGACAUAAGGAACGAGGAGAGGGAGUUCAAUCGUAGAUCGGCAGAGAUUUCCCAGAAACAACACUCAGAGAGGGCAAAGAAGGUUGCAAAAUUAGAAUCAGAGUGUCAAAGGCUGAGGCUCCUAGUGAGGAAGCGAUUACCAGGGCCGGUGGCCCUAACAAAGAUGAGAAACGAAGCUGAAGCACUGACAAGGGAUCCUUCCGUGAUGAGGAUCGGGGCUUUGACUGAUCAAUUGAACGCUAUGGAGGAAGAGAAUAGAGCCCUCAGGGAAGCCCUUGAAAGGAAGUCUAAUGAGCUCCAAGUCUCUCGGAAUAUGUAUUUCCAGGCAGCCUCGAAAUCAUCCCAAAGGAAUAUUAAUAAGCUCCAUCACGAGCCAUCCAUAGCUUCAGUAUCGGACAUUGGAAGUGAUGAUAAGGCCAGUCGUGCCGAGUCGUGGACUUCUGCUUUGAUAUCGGAACUGGAGAACUUUAGGAAUGAGAAGCUGAAGGAACUGCCAAUAAGCGCAACAACUGGAGCUUCAGAGAUCGAUCUAAUGGAUGAUUUUGUUGAAAUGGAGAAAAUUGCUGUUUCCUCAGCCAAUCAGCCAUUUAAGGAGCGCCUCUCUAAUUUUUCAGGUCAAACUAAUUCAGUUCCCUCUCCUUUGUCUUUGAAAGGAGAUAUGGAAGAGGGAAUGAACCGGUUAGACUCGUUAAUUCGUGAACUCCCUGAUUGGCUUCAGGAUAUAGUCAAACUGGUGGUUAAACAAAAUCGGGUCAAUCGAAGAGACCCAAAAGAAAUACUUGAAGACAUCAAAACUGUUUUGGAGUCUGAACAUAAGAAUCAUCGAUAUCCUGGUAAUCUUGGAGAUUCAAGGGAAAUGAUGAACAGAGCAAUAUCCAAAAUUGUUGAGCUUCUUGAGGGGAUUACUUUGCCCUCUGCCCAACAGAAUUACAAUAGUGUGGGAAAUUUACCGAAGAAAGAUGGAAACUUCUCCUCAAGCAAGACGUCGGGAACGCCCACAAGCUACACGGUUCGAGUCUUUCAGUGGAAAACUUCGGAGCUUGAGGACAUUCUCCAGAAGUUUCUUCACACUUGUUACGAGCUGUUGAGUGAAAAGACUGAUUUUUGCAAGUUCGGGCAAGAGUUGGCGCUUGCUCUUGAGUGGAUCUUGAACCAUUGCUUCUCCCUUCAAGAUGUUUCGAGCAUGAAGGAGGAAAUUGUUAAAAGUUUCCAAUGGGAUGAUCCGAGGAGCGACAGUGAAGCCGAAGUAGGGUCCAUUGGCCGAACUUAUGACUCAAAUAAAUUAGUUACUCCACUUGCAGAAAGAGGUGUUUCUAAAAAUAAAGAACCAAAAGAGGAUGACAUGAUGAACAAAGAACUGAGCCAAACAGUCGAGAGCUUGAGGAGUGAAAUGGGGAGUCGGAAGGAAUCAAAGAGAUUGAUCGAGGAUCAGAUCAAGAGUCACAGGUCAAUCGACGAAGAUCUUGAUAGGCAGAUUUCAGCAGCCAGAGCAGAGCUAAACGAAGCUCGCGAAAGGUCAUCUUCCCUCGAAGGGGAGUUGGAAAACAAGAACAGUUGCUGCGAGGAACUCGAGAACACGUGCCUCGAUCUACAGCUACAACUUGAAAGCGUGACGCAGAGCGAGGACCCUAAAGAUGAGCGCAGUCGAGUAGACAAGACACUCCGAACUGACUUGGAGAUCACUGCUGCUACGGAGAAAUUGGCAGAGUGCCAGGAGACCAUCUUGAACCUCAGGAAGCAGUUGAAGGCAGUGGCCUCACCAGACGAAGCCAAUCUCUUCGACAAAGUUAUUGUCACGACAACUGAUGAUUCAGCUUCGCCCAAGAAAAGCACAAGCCACCGUCCUUCCUUGCUGGACCAGAUGCUAGCUGAGGACAAGGCAAAGGCUAAUGAUAAUGAGACGAGAGUGACUCAUGACAAUCCCAUGUUCAUCCCAGAUGAACCGACCGGACAGCCUGAGAAGUUAAAUGGGUUCAAAGGAGUCGCGAACAGAGAAGGAGAAGACAGGAAAAUGGAGUCUUUGGCGAUUGUGCCCCUGAAGAAACAGGGAGGUGGGGGAAUCUGGAGAAAGCUCUUCUGGAGAAAGAAGAGAGUUAGCAGCAAGAAAGCAUCGGCGCCACAUGUUCUGUGAGUUAUUCUCGGUAUUCAUGCUUAUGUUGGAUGCCAAUUAGCCAUUUUUGUUUUGUUGUGUUAAUAGCUAUAGGAGAAAAGAAUAAUGCUUGCAUAGAAUGAGAGAGACAACGGUAUCUUAUGUUCAAAUUUUGUGUGCUGGUUGUGUAAAAA